AUAUAAUCAAUAUUUUAAAUAUUUAAUUUAGUCAUUUUUUAUCAAAAUAAAAAUAUAUUAAAAUGUCGAGAGAAUCUUGUAGAAGGUCCGUGGAUAUGGGCGUUGUGAACCGAAGUUCGAGGAAAGGCAAAGCUAAAGCCACCUCCGACGGUUCGAGUUCACGUGGUUCUCAAGAAAGACACUCCGUCUCUUCUUUCCCUACUAUCCCCGAUCAAUCCGUGGGCGACGCUUUGACGGAUCAAGAAUUUGAACAAUAUUUAGGAGGUAGAACCGACGCCAAUCUUCAAGCUCUUGAAGAUAUAUUCGAGGACAUUGAUGAAGCAGAAAUAGACGUGGAGCCUACACUGCAAAACAACAAUCCUACCGACGUCGACGAGGAGGCAGGUGAGCCUGAGACCUCUCAAGGUGCGCGGAAAGAACGGCGGUUAGAGCUCAACCAAGAGAACCAAUGUAUGAGACAGCCUGGGCGCUUAAAUAGUCAGCCACUCGCACCGGCACGGCUAUUCGUCUCCGACGUCUACAGCAUACGUCCUCCUGCCUCGGUUAUAUAUAAUCAAGCUUUCAUUUACGGAGGAGCUCUCAUCAAUCAACCUGUGAUCAAGAAUCAAGACUCCGCAGGAGAUUGUAAAGCUCGGAGUUCAGAAAAUAUGGCGAUGAGAGACCUGGUAACUGGUGGCGCAGCCUGUGCCGUGCCCGGUUCAUCUUCUUCAUCCAAUCCCCUCGGAGCUCUUGCCAACGCUCUUAUCGGCUCUUCAUCUAAGACUCAGGAAAGAUUGAAGGAGAUCCCUACGUCAGUGACUACACAACUUGAUAACAAGUUUGUUGCUGGUGCCCCAGAGCCAUUGGCAACUCUUCCAGGAUUGGAGUUUGAUGGUCAAUUGCAACCUAAUCAGCAGGGUUCAGAAUUCCUUCAAGGAUUUCAUACUGCUGACCAGAAUUACUUUGCAGAUGUAUGGGAUGGGCUACAAAGGAAUCAAUUCAAUCACUCUAAUGUCUCUUUAGACAACUCUCUAUUGCAACCACAGUUGAAUGGACCACCUCAAAUAGUAUUGUCAAGCUUCUUGCACUCUUUUGUUAAUAGUAGCCAUGGUGGAAUUCCUUUCCGUGCUGCUUCACUUCCUGUAUUAGGGUUGUCCCAGGGUGAAAAGCAAUGCAUAAGAGACCGCAGCACUAUAAUGGCUCGACAUUUUUUUGCUGAUAAAACUGAAGACUUCAUAAAUGCACAGGUUAAUACACUGUUGAGCUCUUUGGAUAUUGAUACUGAUAUUAGGGCAAGAGGCCCUAUGCCCGGACGGCUGGUGGAGCUUGAAGAUUAUUGGAAUGAGUCACAAAGUGCGAAACCAGUGCAUCAAGUUUCAGAUGGAUGGGUUGCAGAGUUUAGGAAACAUAAAAUGGAAACAGACCCGAGUUCAUGGGUUCGUUCAUUUGAACAACAACAUGGUGUUAAUGGAUGGGCUUCUGAGUUUGAGCAAGAGCGAUCCCAACUAGGAAUGAUUGAUCAAAUGAGAGGUGCAAAUGCCCCAAACUUAGCUGCAAUGGAGCAAACACGCAUGCUAGCUCAUACAUUAGCUCAAAAUAGAGAUCCCAAAUUUCAGAAUUCAAGAUUUCUCCAAUUUGUAUCGAAGAUGAGCCGUGGUGAAAUUAGCAUUGAGGACAACCAAAUUAAAGCAGCUGUACCUGCCCCUGGGGAUUGGGUUGGAGAAUAUGAACAACAAAUUAGUGGGGAGCAAACAUGGUCUGACCAGUUCAACCAAGAGAGGUGGGCAACUGAGUUUGCUGCUCAGAAUGGGCAACAUGGAUCGCUGAAUGAUGAGUGGGUUGAUGAAUUUUCAAAGUUAAAUGUCAAUGACUGGGCGGACGAAUUUGGCCGUCAGGUUGCUGAAGGAGUAAUAGGCGAAACUUCUGAUAACUGGGCCGAUGCUUAUGAUGAGUACUUGACUGAGCGAGCUUCAUUGAAGCAGCCAUCAGAAAGAUCAAGGGGGAUUUAUGAGUUCUCUGAUUUAAACCCAUACGUUGGCCAUCCUUAUCCUCUCAAAGAAGGACAAGAACUAUUUCGGAAGGGGCUUUUAAGUGAAGCAGUUCUUGCUUUGGAGGCUGAAGUCUUAAAGAACCCUGAAAAUGCUGAAGGUUGGAGAUUACUGGGUGUAGCACAAGCUGAAAAUGAUGACGAUCAACAGGCUAUUGCAGCCAUGAUGCGUGCACAUGAAGCAGAUCCUAUGAACUUGGAAGUUCUCCUUGCACUUGGGGUGAGCCAUACAAAUGAACUGGAGCAAGCACCUGCAUUGAAGUAUUUGUACAGUUGGUUACGCAAUCACCCUAAGUACGGAAGCAUUGCCCCUGCAGAUCCACCUGAUUCUCUAUAUUAUGCUGAUGUUGCUGGAUUAUUUAAUGAUGCUGCUAAAAUGGCUCCUGAGGAUGCUGAUGUACAUAUAGUACUUGGAGUAUUAUACAACUUGUCAAGGGAGUAUGAUAAAGCUAUAGAAUCAUUUAAGACUGCUUUGAAACUCAAACCACGAGACUAUUCCCUUUGGAAUAAGCUUGGUGCAACACAGGCUAACAGUGUUCAGAGUGCUGAUGCAAUAUUUGCUUAUCAGAAGGCACUUGAUUUAAAACCAAAUUAUGUGCGGGCAUGGGCGAACAUGGGCAUUAGUUAUGCUAACCAGGGUAUGCACGAGGAAUCCAUUCGUUAUUAUGUCCGUGCAUUAGGAAUGAAUCCGAAGGCUGAUAAUGCGUGGCAAUAUCUGAGAAUAUCUUUGAGUUGUGCAUCACGGAAUGAUAUGGUCAAUGCCUGUGACUCACGAAAUCUUGAUGUUCUCCAGAAAGAGUUCCCUCUAUAAAUAAAAACACUACAGAAGUCAUACCAAUAUGGUGAAAACCCAUAUAGAAAGAACUACGUGAAGAAGGAUUUACUUGCACCACUUUCAAAUAUGGGACCAACAUAAAUUGUGAGAUGUACUUUGGUCGAUUCGAGCUAUAUAUGUGAAGGGGAUCGUGCGGUUGGAGUGGGGAGAAUAUGUCAAUUUUUACGUUAAUAAUUGUCAACAAAAAUAAGGAAUGAAAUGAUAUUUGAUCACACCACACGCAUGUAUGGACAUGUUGCCCAAUUUGUUGUAACCCUUGUAGCAUAUAUUUGCUCCGUUCUUAAAAGAUUGCAACGGGCAUUGUUACACUAAAAACACUCGUAUUUUAUCGUCUUUUGUAAUUUACAUGUACGCUAAAGUAUAGCCAUGCUUGUCUCCAUAUAAACUUUAGCCAUAUCCGCUGUUUAGAUUUUUUUAUAAAAUUGAAUUGAAGAUAUUAAUUAUUUAAUUUGUGUAUCAGUAAACGUGAAACUUCUAG